AUGGAGGCUGCGCUGACCGAGCUCAAGAACACGGGUAAUGCGCAGUUUGUGUCCGGCAACGCCAGGGACGCGAUUGAGACCUACAAGAGAGGCAUUCUCCUCAUCGAAGCCGAGGCAGGUCAGAUGCAACAGCAGCUCAAGCCAGUGGGAUCAUCGGCCACAACGUUGAGGACAUGUGAGGAAAUGCGAGCAUUGCACGUGCUGCUCUACUCGAACAUGUCGAACGCCUACUUGUGCUUGGGCAAUUUUAGCGAGAGUUGGCAGGCAGCUGCAGCUGCGACCAGACUCGACCCGCAUGCUUGGAAGCCGUGGAUGCGUUUCAUAGAGGCUCGUCGCCGCGGCGGCUUCCCGUUUGACGCUCUUGUGCAUUCAUUGCGGUACCUACGACCACUCCUGCGCGCGGAGCGGGAACAGAAGCGCAUGAAGGCGGCAGAAGCCGCGUCCACUCUCGCUGCCAUUGAAGACCCGCUGUGUGACGAAUUGGGAUUGCUGCGCCUCUCACCAGACAUCGAGCUCGUCGAGUACGCGGGCGGUGUGGCGAUGAUUAGUCGUCGUCAGUUUCAGCCGAAGGACGUGAUCUUUAUAGAGCACAAGUACACCAGGAUCAACUUGGAGGAGAGCGGGAUGAGCACGCAACCUGACCACAGCACAGAGUCAAUCGUGGGGUACUUCGCUGAGCGCCUGCGCCCGGAGCAGGCGGCAGGGAGUCAGCGGUGGCGCGACUUCAAGAAGGACUUCGCCGGGGCAUGGCCGCGCAACAAUGACGACAUCGACGUCGACACCCGCGAUACCAUCAGCAGCUACCUGCGCACCCGCUUCCCCGACGUUGCCGAGAAUGACUUCUGUGAGUUGCUCAGCACUGCCCUUAUGUGCCGCUUCAACUGUUUCCACUCCGGGUUUUUUCGCACCUGCGCCCUGGCGAACCACAGCUGCCAUGCCAACAUCGCCAUGAAGUACAGCAGCGUGGAGGAGACGGUCAAAAUGAUUGCCGUCGACCUCAUCCAGCCCGGUGAGCUCAUGAACGUGAAGUAUCUCAGCGACGCACACUUCCUGCUUGGUGUAGGGAAGCGCCGUGAGCUGCUCCGCUCGUGGCUCUUCUGGUGCCAGUGCGACCGUUGCCAGCGAGAUAGCCAGUCCACAGCAAUCUCGGAGUUCAUUGAGUGUUCGGCUUGCGGUGCCUUCUCGCACUCUGCCCUCAUGGGGUUCAACCCCGCCUCUGACCCGCUGCUGAAGGCAAAGGAGGUAUGCUGUGCGUGUAGCGCGGAGAUGGUGUGGUCACCAGCGCAGCGUGACCUCCUCCAGAAUGAGCUCAUGCACACCUUUGCUAGCAGCACAUCUUACUACACCUCCAAAGAGCUCGCUGAGUGGAUGCAGAAGCAGCUCGAGAGUACGGAGAAGCUGCGUCUGCACCCCGAGCACUGGAUCUACCGCACCCUUUUUUAUUUCUUCGCUGUGGCGCUAACGGCGAUGGUGGAUCGCGUUAGUGCAGGUCUGAACGAGCCGCGUAUCUCGCAGUUCCUGGUGGAGGAGAUGAAGCACCUCUUUAGUGCCUGCGGCCUGCAGACUUACUACCUUCCUCGCUGUGCCGCCGCACGUAUAAAGGUCGGCGCGGCAAAGGACUUGGCUGGCGUGGUGGCAGUAAACGAAGUCGUGUGUCGGAACAGCGACAGUGGUGGUGGCGGCGAGUUUCUUAAGAGUCUGCUUAUUCUCUGGGAACUCCUGGUCCCCUUCUACCCUGUGAACGAGAUGUGGUCCGUCAACGAUGCCAUCUGCAAGUUGGUGCUACUGCACUUGGUCUACCCCACAACAGAGGCGUCACUGGCCUCUUCGCUGGCGUUGCAGCUGCUCCAGCGACACGGUCGCUAUGUCGGGGACGUCAAUAGUGGUAAGUGGCUGCACAGCUACAGCAUGCAUCGGACCACCUUCAACCCAAAGGAGCCGCUUCCGUUGGCGAAGUUGAAAAAGGCGUUCAAGAGUGGAUGA